CCUACAAUGAGGUCUUCAGUUAGCAACAUGCCUGCUCCAUUGAGGACUUUACGCCAGGGCUUAAAACCUCUGCGCAGGACUCAAAAUAGUCUGUUAAACUGAUUCAAACACUUUUCGAGCAGAGAUUACUAAUACAGUUAUGAAGAAAGUGCUUGUUAUUUUAACUUUACUGCUGUGUUCCAUCACCAGCUGGGGUAAGAAAAUGCGCUGGUGUACGGUAUCAGAGCCAGAGCAGAGAAAGUGUGCGGAGCUUGCCAAAGCAUUGGUCGCGGUCCUUCCACCUGCAGCCGUCACGGCCUUUGCGCGUCUUUCCUGCGUGAAAGCUUAUGGCACUGCUGACUGCAUUAAUAAGAUUCGGGAUAAUAAAGCUGACCUUGUGACUCUGGAUGCUGGAGAAGUGUACUCUGCUGUAAAACAGUUUGGUCUCACAGCUGUUGCAAAGGAAAUCUACAGGGAUGGUGGCUGUGUUCUUGCAGUUGCUGUGGUGAGGAAUGAUAGUUCAUUAGACAUGCGCUCUUUGCAGGGCAGUAGGAGCUGUCACAGUGGUGCUCGAUGGACUGCAGGUUGGAGUCUCCCAUUAGGACAUCUCCUCUCUCGAAACCUCCUGCCCUGGGCUGAAGAUGAGCCCCUCAGUCAGGCGGUUAGUGCUUUCUUCAGUGCCAGCUGUGUGCCUGGAGCAUCUGCAAUGGCAACCAGCCUCUGUUCCUUGUGCCAGGGUCAAAGGUCAUAUAUUCGUCAGAAGAAUUUCCAUUGUGAGACCUCUCAUAAUGAACCAUUCUACCACAACCAAGGGGCACUCAGAUGUCUACAGUCGGGGGCAGGAGAUGUUGCCUUUGUGGAUCACACAGCUCUGGACAGCAUAGAUGAAAGUCAGAAAGAUGAGUUCAGGCUGUUGUGUACAGAUGGUACUCAUGCCCCCCUUGGCAGUUUCAGAAAGUGUAAUCUUGGCAGAGGCCCUGGAGGAGGCGUGGUCACACGAAUGAACAACCGCAAAAUUGCUCGCAAGUUCUUGGUAGCUGCCCAGAUGGCAUUUGGUUGGAGGGGAAGAGAACGUCAGCGCUUCCAGCUCUUUGAAUCGGCGACCUAUGGUGGGAUUGACCUUCUCUUUAAAGAUGUGACUGAGAAGUUGUCCGUUCUGAUGGAUGACAUGGACAUGAGCCAGGUUCUGGGACUGGACUAUGUGGCCUUGCUCAAGGGCCUUGGACAUGAAGGUAGCUCGCUGGAGGACAGUGUGGUGAGGUGGUGCUGUAUAAGCCAUGCUGAACAGAAGAAAUGUGAGCAGUGGGCUCUUAGUAUAAAGUCGGAUCCUCUUGUGUGUGUGAAAGCCUCCUCCAUGAGUGACUGCAUUGAGAAGAUCAAGAGAGAUGAGGUGGAUGCUGUGUCCCUGGAUGCCACUCAUGCUUUCAUAGCUGGGAAAUGUGGCCUUGUUCCUGUUGUGACUGAAUAUUAUGGAGAGAAAUGUGAGCUUCCUGAAGGAGACGGAGGCCAUUUUGAAAGUGAUGAAUUGCCAUCAGUGUAUGGUGUGGCGGUUGUACGUCGGACAAGUCGAAGUUUGUAUUUUGGAAACCUGGGAGGCAGACGAUCCUGCCAUGGUCACAUGUACAGCCCUGCUGGCUGGGUUUUGCCUGCAAGAAACUCACUGAGCACAGAGCACAACAGCAGCACCUCUUGUGAGCCGAAUAAAGUAUACUCUGAGGUAUUUUGGAAAGGUUGUUUGCCAGGAGGUCAAGGCAAUUUAUGCAAGGUGUGUAUGGGUGGGACUGAGGAAGCUUCCACCAAACGGUGUGCUGACAACCAUAAUGAGCGUUACUAUGGCAAUAUGGGUGCAUUAAGGUGCUUGGUUGGAGACCACAGUGGAAAAAGCUUUGGAGAUGUGGCCUUUAUGGAACACCACAAUCUGGAGAGCAACAUUGAACGUCUAAACACCAGUGGCUGGGCAGAGGGUUGGCUCACCUGGGACUUUGAGUUGCUUUGUGAUGAUGGCAGUCGGGCUCCUCUGACUGAAUGGAGAACCUGUAACUUGGGGGCAAUCCCUCCAAAUAUUGUUAUGACGCGUCCUGUUCUUACGGCUCGCAUUUAUGACCUCCUCAUGAAGUCACAGGAGACCAUAGCAGCUCGUCCUGAUUCUGGGUUCCACCUGUUUGAGUCUCAGCAGUAUGGAGAGAGUGACCUGCUCUUUAAAGAUGCUACUAAGUGCCUUGUUCACACCAGCCACAUGGACUACCGCACCAUACUGGGAGAACAGUUCUACUCACAGGCAGAGAGCAUCUUUAACUGCACACACUCGAAUAUCUUGCAGUUCUGCAAUCAAGAUGUGUGCAGCAUAUUCUAAACAACCUGAAAUUGCAUUUACAAUGAUUUGGUUGUCAUAAAGCAUGCAUCAUAUAUGUAUAUGAUUUAUUUUGUAGCAUGCCUACAAUAAUACAAUAAAAUACUGUUCGAAAACCUUA